CGGUGACUGUUGGUGUGGAUCCAUUUCACAGGCCUUGCCUCCUCUCCCCUAACGAUCUUCCUCGUCCCCGGGCCAACUCGGACAGUUUGCUCGUUUAUUGCAACGGUCAAGGCUGGCUCGUGCCAGAACAGCGUGCGCGCGCGCACACACACACGCACACACGCACACACACGCGCGCCGGGGAAAACUUUUUUAAAAAAAUGAAAGCCUAGACUAGCUCUUCAGCGGCCGGGCGCUGCGCGAGGGGUUCGGAGUUGACUCCCCGCAGCAGGAAGUCCCUCGGGCCGCGACGCCCGGCCCCCGCUCGGCGCCCGCGGGGGAUGGUGCAGCGCCCGCCGCCCGGCCCCGAGAGCUGCUGCUGCACGGAAGGCCGGCGACGAUGGCAGCGCGCCCGCCGCCCGCGCCCCCCGCCCGCGCCCUCCUGCUCGCCCUGGCCGGGGCUCUGCUGGCGCCGCGCGCGGCCCGAGGGGAGAACUUGGGAAGCAGAUUCGUACCUUCCGUGCAACAGGCCGGCGCGAGGGACGGGAGAGGAGCUUACGAAGUGGUCAGUGCCUCUCUUUUGAAUGGAGACCCGUGGAACCCAGUGACAAACGCGGACACAAAGAAUCAUCCAGGAGUGUUGAAUUUUCGAAUACAAUUGGAAAGCAAAGAACUGAUUGUAAAUCUGGAAAGAAACAAAGGUCUCAUUGCCAGCAGUUUCACAGAAACCCACUAUCUGCAAGAUGGCACUGACGUCUCCCUCAUUCGAAAUUACACAGGUCACUGUUACUACCAUGGACACGUGCAGGGCUAUUCUGGUUCCACGGUCAGUCUCAGCACUUGUUCUGGUCUCAGGGGACUUAUUACAUUUGAGAAUAAAACCUAUAUUUUGGAGCCAAUGAAAAAUGAAACCAACAGAUACAGACUCUUCCCGGUGGAGAACCUGCAGAGCACCUGGGGACCCUGUGGAUCAAACACGACGGCCCUCGCCAUGCAUGACAGGCUCCCACCGCCCUCCCAGACCUGGGCAAGAAGGCAAAAAAGAGAGACCCUCAAGACGACCAAGUAUGUAGAGCUCGUUAUUGUGGCAGACAACCGAGAGUUUCAGAGGCAAGGAAAAGACCUGGAAAAAGUCAAACAACGAUUAAUAGAGAUCGCUAAUCACGUUGACAAGUUUUACAGACCGCUGAACAUUCGAAUCGUGUUGGUGGGCGUAGAGGUGUGGAAUGACAUCGACAAAUGCUCCAUAAGUCAGGACCCAUUCACGAGCCUCCACGAGUUUCUGGACUGGAGAAAGAUGAAGCUUCUACCUCGCAAAUCCCAUGACAACGCACAGCUUAUCAGUGGCGUUUAUUUCCAAGGGACCACCAUCGGCAUGGCACCCAUCAUGAGCAUGUGCACGGCAGAACAGUCCGGGGGAAUCGUCAUGGAUCAUUCAGACAGUCCCCUUGGCGCGGCUGUGACCCUGGCCCAUGAGCUGGGACACAAUUUCGGGAUGAACCAUGACACCCUGGAGAGGGGCUGUAGCUGCAGAACGGCUGCCGACAAAGGAGGCUGCAUCAUGAACCCCUCAACCGGGUUCCCGUUCCCCAUGGUGUUCAGCAGCUGCAGCAGGAAGGACCUGGAGGCCAGCCUGGAGAAGGGCAUGGGUAUGUGCCUCUUUAACCUGCCGGAAGUGACGCAGUCCUUCGGGGGCCGGAAGUGCGGGAAUGGAUACGUCGAAGAAGGAGAGGAGUGUGACUGUGGGGAACCGGAGGAGUGUCUGAAUCUCUGCUGCAACGCCACCACCUGUACCCUGAAGCCAGAUGCUGUCUGCGCGCACGGACUGUGCUGUGAAAACUGCCAGCUGAAACCUGCAGGAACGGCGUGCAGGGACUCUAGCAACUCCUGCGACCUCCCGGAGUUCUGCACGGGGGCCAGUCCUCACUGCCCGGCCAACGUGUACCUGCACGAUGGGCACCCGUGUCAGGGGGUGGACGGCUACUGCUACAACGGCAUCUGCCAGACCCACGAGCAGCAGUGCAUCACCCUCUGGGGACCAGGUGCUAAACCUGCCCCCGGGAUCUGCUUCGAGAGAGUCAACUCUGCAGGUGACCCUUAUGGCAACUGCGGCAAAGACUCCAAGAGCUCCUUCGCUAAGUGCGAGAUGAGAGAUGCUAAAUGUGGAAAAAUCCAGUGUCAAGGAGGUGCCAGCCGACCAGUCAUCGGUACAAAUGCCGUUUCCAUAGAAACGAAUAUCCCCCUGCAGGAAGGAGGUCGGAUUCUGUGCCGUGGGACCCACGUGUACUUGGGCGAUGACAUGCCGGACCCAGGGCUUGUGCUUGCCGGCACAAAGUGUGCAGAUGGAAAAAUUUGCCUCAAUCGUCGGUGUCAGAACGUAAGUGUCUUUGGUGUUCACGAAUGUGCGGUGCAAUGCCACGGCAGAGGGGUGUGUAACAACAGGAAGAACUGUCACUGCGAGGCCCACUGGGCUCCUCCCUUCUGUGACAAGUUUGGCUUUGGAGGAAGCAAGGACAGCGGCCCCACCCGGCAAGCAGAUAACCAAGGUUUAACGAUAGGAAUUCUGGUGACCAUCCUGUGUCUUCUUGCUGCUGGAUUUGUGGUUUAUCUCAAAAGGAAGACAUUGAUACGACUGCUGUUUACAGAUAAAAAAACCACCAUUGAAAAGCUAAGGUGUGUGCGCCCUUCCCGGCCGUCCAGUGGCUCCCAGCGUAGCCAGGCUCACCUCACCCACCUCAGCAAAGGGCCGAUGAGGAAGCCGCCACCUUCCAACACACCUAAGGACAAUCCCAGGAGAUUGCCGCAGUGUCAGCACGUGGACAUCAGCAGACCCCUCAAAGCCCUUGACGCCCCUCUGCCCAGUUCUCCUCAGCGAGGACUCCCACCCCUGCACCCGGCUCCUCGUGUGCCCUGCGUCCCUGCCAGACCCCUGCCGGCCAACCCUGCACUCAGACAGGCCCAGGGAACUCGUAAGCCAAACCCUCCUCAGAAGCCUCUGCCUGCAGAUCCUUUGAACAGGACAACCCGGCUUGCCAGGACCCUGGGACAGCAGGAGUCUGGGCUCCGCCUGGCGCCCAUCAGACCUGCUUCCAAACAGCCCCAUCAAGUGCCCAGAGCCACCCACAUCGCCUAUGCAAAGUGAGAAGCAAGCCAACACCGUCGUUCAACAAUGAAGACAGAAGUUUGCACUAUCUAUCUCUCAACUCCAGUUGGAGUUAUUUUUUGUACCAACUUUUAGAAUUUUUUUUAAUGUUUCAAACACCAUGAUUUGAAGAACUUUGAGCUACUGCCGUCGGUGCUGUGCUGUGCUAUGGUGCUCUGUAUACUUUUACUUGCUCAGGUACUUGUAAAUUAUUAAUUUAUGCAGAAUGCUUGCUACAGCGCA